AUGCGCGACCGACGAUUUGCAAAAGCAUUCGGGUAAAAGCGUUCGCCGCCGUGAUUGUUCGUCGCCGCUUGUUCCUGGAGAUCCCCAGUGUUCUUAUAGAAUGCAUGGAACAAAUUACUGACCAACCGACACGUUUGAACAAGCGAAAAAAUAAUAAACGCAACUACACUCGGCGAUACUAAUUCGGCGCGUGUUUCAAAUCGCGUUAGUGAGAUACUCUCGACGCCCAGUUAUGGCUAUCCGCGAUACCAGGGCAUUAGUUGUUAAACUUCGCUUGUUGGUUUGACCGCUAAGUUUCAUAACGAUUCUCGUCACGUUGCUCGUUGAAAAAUUGCGAUUACUUGCAAAUUAUGUGAAUAACAACGGUUCUACUUGGCGAUAAACGGAUAUUAUAUACUGUUAGGUUUGUAGAAUUGCAAGAUUCCUUUUCCUUUAGUAUUUUUUUCCUCAUGUCGGCUCGCGGUAUUUCUUUUUGAAUGUUAAUACGUCUCUUUUAAUUAAAAAAAACGUUCCCACAUUAUUUUUUUUAUCAUUAUAUUGUUUUUGUUUUUUUUUAUAUAAUAAUCAUUUUUGAAAAUCAGGUGUCAUUUAACUUUAGGCCAGUCAAGUUUUAUCUUUGAAUAUUUCAGUUUCAAAUUAUAUAUUUCUUUUUGUAUAUCUUUUUUCUUCUGAUGUAAGUGGGAUUUUGUGAAGAAGUAUGAAUUAUGAAUUGAUGCUUUGAAAUAUUUUUGUGAGAUUCCUAUUUGUCGAAUAUGUAAAGUGAGUUCUUUUUCUACAUGUCUAAAAGAUAUAUUGUGUUAUGUUUUUUUCAACAGAAUGGAAGAAGAAAUAGUAGUAGAUGAUGUAGAUGAGAAUAGUAAUACGGAGGCACCACAGUCAGACGACCCAACAACACCCGUUAUGCCUUUAUUAUAUAUUCAACAAAGUAAAUUACGCUCAGCACCACCAACAACCACAAAUCAGACUUUGGUUUCACCUAAUGCCACGCAAUUGGCUGCUAUUAUCAAUCCAGUCAAUAAUCAGAUUGUUACUGGACAGAACAAAGUAUUUAUACAAGGUCCAAGUCAGGUUACUACUUCUCAAAAUAAACAACAUAUUGUAAUUCAUCGGCCCAUUAAUACUGUCAGUACCACAACCACUUCACAAGGUCAAAAGCAUAUAUUGCUUAGAAAGUCCAAUACAUCUACUGCUCAGAUUGUGCCCUUAAGUACUUCUCAGGGAAAUCAAACUAAUGCACAAGCAGGCAAGCACACCUUUGCAUAUCUUGGAACUCUCAUCAAACCAAAUAAAUCACGCGAAUCUGUUGUUAUUCCAGCAGGAGCUCUAACUACGACUCAAAUAGCUAAACCAAAAUUAGUGAUAGCACCAGUUAUAUCGCAGUUAGCUCAAACUUCAACAAGCACUACCACUGGAUCUCAAAGUCAAACUCCAAAACACAUGGCUAAUUUAUUAUUACCAGUCAGUAUACCCCCACAAAGUGGACCUAAGUCUAGUAUGUUUAAUUUAAAAAUUAACAAUGGCCAAAUUAAUACAGAAAAUAAAGGAACUAUUACAGUGUUACGGGAGUCGAAAACUACAAAUUCAGCUACACACCCACCUCCUUUGCAUCCUAUUGCAAAAAUGAGUUUACUAAACGCAAAUAAAGGAAACAAUAAUUCCACAGAUAGUAUAAAAAUUACAGAAAAUCCAGAUUCCGCAGUUAUUACUCCUAUUCCAAAAAAGGAUGAUAUUUGUAUGCCGGAGAAGCGAAAAAAAACGAUAAGUAAUAUAUUAAGAGGAUCGAGUGAAAAACGGAUGAAAAAACAGAAUCUUCCAAAGUCUCCUCAGGAGAGUAUAGUCGACGUAAGCUACGCACUAAGUAGUCCUGAAUCAGAGCAAGAUAAAGAUAAAAAAGUGCAAAAUGAUGAUGACAUUACUUUGAUCAAAGUAGUUCCUAGCGAAGAUAAAACUGUGAAGUUAGCUAAUGCUAACGUGGAUGAUGAUAUAAAAAUCGAGAUUAUUAAAACACGCACAAGUUGUGGCAUUGAAUCAGUAACUGACAAUAAAAGUGAUACUAAGAUUAAUAUGAAUAAUCGUGAAGACUUGAAAGAUCAUUUAAAUACGACACAUCCGAAUGAUUCGAAUUUCGAUGCGACGAAAGUUUUGGAUUGGAAAGACGGUGUUGGAACUCUUCCUGGAAGUACAUUAAAGUUUUGUAUGAAUGAGUUUGGAAUCAUGGAAGUAGUGGACGAGGACGAAAAUAACAAACAAGGCAAAGAUUGCAUUGGCGACAAAGAGAAUGUUUGUUCGACACAAAAUUCUUCCAAAUCUAGUCCCGUAACUGUCAACAAUGUAAACAACGAGAAGAAACCCGACGAUAGGAAAUCAAGGACUGUUUCGGCAGACACAAUGUAUCAUUGUGAAGGCUGUGGAUGUUACGGAUUGGCUGCAGAAUUUGAAAGUCCGAUAUCAUGUGGUCCAACAUGUACAGAAAUAAUAGAAGCCAAGAAACAGCCUGCAUUGCGAAAAGAAAAAGAGUUGAAAGAUUUACGCGCGAGACGAAAACGCAAAAGAUUACUUCAAGAGCAGCAACAAUCUAAAGAAAUAGAAGACAAGUCCGAAGACAAAGGACAGGAUAAAGUGAAGUCUGAAACAGACGAGGAUACAAAGGAGUCUAUUACAGGAAUGGAUGAAGAUAGUCAAGUAGAUAUCACUGAAUCGAAGUAUCCUUGGCAGACAGGAAAACUCGGAUUUUCAUGGUCUAAGUAUCUUGAACAUUGCAAAGCGAAAGCAGCGCCGGUUAAAUUAUUCAAAGACCCCUUUCCGUACGCUAAGAAUCAUUUCAAGGUUGGGAUGAAAUUAGAAGGAAUAGAUCCUGAACAUCCGUCACGAUAUUGUGUUCUAACAGUUGUUGAAGUUGUGGGUUAUCGAAUACGUUUGCAUUUCGAUGGAUACGCAGAAAAUUAUGAUUUUUGGAUAAACGCAGAUAGCAUGGAUAUUUUCCCGGUCGGUUGGUCGGAAAAGAAUGGACAUCGAUUAGAUCCGCCGAAAGGUUAUGUAGCUAGUAAUUUUAAUUGGAAUGCUUAUUUAAAAAUUUGUAAAGCUACCGCAGCGCCAAAAAAUAUAUUUUCAAACAAAAGUUCGGUGUGUCCAACUGGUUUCCGCGUAGGAAUGAAAUUAGAAGCGGUAGAUAGGAAGCACUCUUCGUUGGUUUGCGUAGCAAGUAUAGCAGGCCUAAUGGAUUCCCGUAUAUUAGUUCAUUUUGAUUCUUGGGAUGAAGUAUACGAUUAUUGGGCAGAUGCAAGUUCUCCGUACAUUCAUCCAGUGGGUUGGUGCCAUCAUAAUGGUCACAGUCUGACGCCACCAAAUAACUAUAAAGACCCCAAAUCUUUUACGUGGGAUGCAUAUCUUAGAGAAACUCGCUCAAUGGUCGCGCCAGCUAGAGCUUUUAAACAACGACCUCCUUGUGGAUUUAAACGCGGAAUGAAAUUAGAAGCAGUUGAUAAACGCGUGCCCCAACUCAUAAGGGUGGCAACAGUUGAAGACGUAAAAGAUCAUAUGUUGAAAAUACGUUUUGACGGAUGGCCAGAAAAUCAUGCUUAUUGGGUCGAUGACGAUUCUCCUGACAUACAUCCCAUGGGUUGGUGUAUGAAAACUGGUCAUCCUUUAGAACCACCAUUAACGCCAGAUAAUUUAAACGACAGACCUGAAUGUGGAACAUAUGGUUGCAAAGGAAUAGGACACGUAAAAGGGCCUAAAUAUGCAACGCACAACUCCGCAUCUGGGUGUCCAUAUUCUCCUCAAAAUCUUCAUAAAGUUAGACAAUUAGCUGAUAGACUUAAUUUGAAACACGAGACUUGUGAUUUUGAAGAGGAUAUGCAGGACAGACCAAAACUAGAGAAAGCUGAUAAAAUAAAAAUGGAGAAGUCGGAGAAACCAUUGUUUUCGGAUGAACGGUUAAUGAAAUCUGAAAAAGACAUUAAGCAAGAAGAUGGGGACUUUUCCGACAAGAAUGAUAAAUCUGAAAAUUUAGAAAAGCGACAGAUUUCAGAGGAACCUUUGUAUUCCCUCUCGAAUUCAUACGGUGAUUCAUCGCUAACUACUGUACCUUAUGCUGCAAAUAUGCCUGAUAAACAGUUGCGUACUGAAUUGUACCAAUCUGUUUACAAUCCUGGGUACAAUCCAUUACCAGAUUCGCCGCAUAUUUGGGCGAAACAUAGCAAUGCUUUAAAUAGGGUAGUAGCGAAACAGAACACAAAUCCACGAAGAUGGUCGAACGAAGAAGUGAUUAAAUUUAUACAGAGCGUACCCAACUGUAAAGAAAUUGGAAAUAUCUUUAGGCAACAUAAUAUUGAUGGCGAAGCAUUUUUAAUGUUGACCCAAGAAGAUUUGGUGUCACUACUAGGAUUACGUCUCGGACCUGCGAUUAAAUUGUACAACAGUAUAGUUCUUUUACGUCGAAGAGCAACGUGAAUGAUGUGCGAUGAACGCACAUACAAUUGGGUUUUAAAAAGUGCAAAGUGGCAGCUAUCAUGAUGAUUAUGUCAGACAUAUUUAUUUUAAGAAACAAGAA